AAGGUCAUAAGAACUAGGGAAAAAAAUUAUAAUUAACGGAUAAGUAUACGGAUAUUUUUUCAUUCGGUUUACCGACAACUGACGAAAAUAACCGAUCCAAAAAAAAACAAAACAAAAAAAAAAAAUGUCGACCCGAUUGAUUAUUGGAAUGUUAGGAAUGUAUGCAUGUGCCUUAUUAUUCAUGUAUCGUGCCGGUGUUAGUGUAGCAUUGGUCUAUAUGACUCAAAUGAAAUCGUCUUCAUCAUCAUCAUCAUCAUCGAAUCGAACACUAUCGGCUGAAAAUCGAUAUUUUGAUUGGAACCAGAAUAAGCAAGGCACUAUAAUUGGAGCAUCAUUCUAUCUAUAUUGGUGUUUACCCACGAUAAUAGGCAGUUUCACUGAUCGUUAUGGUGGACAAUGGUUUGCAUUCAUUGGUGUACUUGGUCCAUGUAUACUAUCGGCAAUAGCUCCAUUAGCAAUAGAUUAUUAUCAAGAUAUUGCCUUGAUAAUUAUUCAAAUAAUGAUUGGUGGAUUUCAUGGAUUCACAUAUCCAGCAUGGUUUUCAUUGUUUAGCAGAUGGUUUUAUGGUGAUGAACGUACACGUGCAAAUUCAUGGAUGCAAAUCGGCAAUGCAAUAGGUUGUUCUGGAAUGUAUCUUUUGGCUGGACAUCUUUGUACAUUUUCGACGACGAUAGGUUGGCAUAUGAUAUUCUAUGUAAUGGCAGCUAUCCAUAUACCUUGGAUAGUUUUAUGGCUUUGGUAUGGAUCAGAUGAUCCACACGCCAACAAACGAAUUUCUGAUAUGGAAUUACAAUUUAUAGAACGGGAACAACAACAACAAAAUGUCAUGACAAUAAAACCAUCAACACUUUCAAAGAAAAGCGAAAUUCGCACACCAUGGUUAAGAAUUCUUGUUUCACCGGUUGUAUGGUCAUCGGUCAUCUGUAAAAUGUGCUGUGCUUUUGGAUUUUUUCUAAUCUUGAACAAAAUGCCUUCCUAUUUUGCAAUCAUAUUCCAUUUGACAAUUGAACAGAAUGGUCUAAUGAGCGGCUUAGUUGUUGCAGCUUUUGGUAUCGGAUCAUUUCUAAGUCCAAUUAUCUGUAAUUAUUUAAUCAAACAUUUUCAAAUGUCACCAUUAUUGACACGUAAAAUAUCACAAAAUAUUGCCAUGAUUGGACCGGCUAUCUGUUUGCUUGGAAUCACUUAUUAUCAUCAUGAACAACAAUGUAGCAAAGAAAUCGUAUUUACUUUAAUGAUCAUAGCUAUGUUUUUGCAUGGAUUCUUUACCAGUGGUGAAUGGACUAUCGUUUCGGAUUAUGCACGAAAUUAUGCUGGUUCUAUUGUUGGUUUCGCACAUUCAUUGGCAUUUCUUAUGGGUAUCAUUGGUCCAUGGCUUGUUGGUUCAGUAUUCGAACGGUCUGAUUCAUAUGGUGGUGAUACACCGAUAGAUAAAUGGAAUUUUGUAUUUUACAUAACAAUAGCUAUAUAUUUGUUUGGCGAUAUAAUUUUUACGAUAUUCGGUACUGAUCAACAACAGGAUUGGGACAAAAUUUGAUCACUUCUUUAAAAA